AUCCAAGGAACUGAGGGAGGAGCCAGAGGGAUCGGAGUACAGGGAAGAGGAGGAGACCUUGAGUAUCAAUUCAUCCUCCAACAAUCAUCCUCUGACUGGAAAUCAUUCUGCCUUCCAAUGUUCCACCCCCACACCUCAAAGACAGGAUCAUGAUUACAGCAUGUCCUCCUCCAGCGACCUUCCUCAAAAUACUGAUCAGCUGCUGUUUUCCACCCCUGUUUCUGGGGCCCAAAAUUCCUCUGCCAGUCACCAAAUCCCUUCCACCGCCCUGUGUGGGUCUAUGCCUCCGCCUUCAUGUGAGACUGUGUCUUCUUUUAAACUAUCGGGGCACUUGAGUGGCCAUAGUCAGCUCUUGACUGGUUCAAUGUCAAGGGACUGCAUGUGCAUCCUGGAGAAGUUGGAUUCCAGAUUGCAGAAGCUGGAAAAAAAGAUGGACUGUUUGAUGGCAAUGCAGCGACAGACACCCACUCCGCGUAAAGCACCUCAAUCUGUUCAAAAAAGUGAGCAUGUCAACAAGGGACAGAAGGGCACUUUUUUCUAUGAAAAUACUGUUGACGACUUCUUCAAGUUUCGCGUGGGGCCUGGAAGGAAAGAUAGAGAAAAUGCAAGGAAGUCUUCAAGCCAUGCUCUUUGCUUUUGCCUCUAUAUGGCUGCUGGUCUACCCUCCAAGAUCGUCUCCAGUGACCUAAGAUUCCUGAACCAAAUGGACAAGUUGCGUGGUUGGCCAACAUACCUGGUCCAGAAGGGCUACGCACCCUCAUCAAUGAAAAACAUGUUGACCAACGUGAUUAUGUUUUUCAAGCAUAUUGAAAACUCCUUCCUGACUCAAAGCAAGCUCAAACAGAAUGAAAUAAAUAAAAUCCUAUACGAGCUGAAGAGGAUCCAGGCUGAGAUUCAAAGAACGCUGGUUGUCCACCCGCAAAAAGUGUUGUGUCGUAAAACAGAUGAUCAGCUUCAUGCAGCUCAGGAAAACACUUUCAUGACAGCUGCAAGGGAAAAAAUUCCUAAACUGUUUGGUUAGUAGACUUAAUUACUUAUGCUGUAAUGCUCGUUUUUUGGUUGCUUACAUUCACAACCAACUUUUUUUUUGAGGUUUUUUUAUAGAACGAUUGGAGAGCAGUGGAAAUCAGGAGAAUGAGCAUUCUAAGCUAAUGGGCUACAUAAUGGGCUACCUGCGCAUCCUCACUGGACACAGAUCGGUUGUCCUCACCAACAUGACAAAGGAAAAUGUGGUCAACUUUGACUGUUGGAAUCAUGGCGAGAUAUUCCAAGUCCUGGUUGAUGACCACAAAACCAUGCAGUCAUUUGGUCAGGCUGCAUUCAACCUAAAUGAGGAGGAAUUUAGGUGGCUGGAAAACCUCGUCAACUGCAAGUGCUGUCCUCAAGGUCAGGCCAGUGAUUAUGUUUUCCACACAAUACUUGGAAAACAGAUUGGUAAGGCCAGGCACUUCCUUCGUCUCGCUUGGGUGGACUGUGGAAUGAAGGGCACAAUCAGUUUUAACAAGAUCCGGAGCAGUGUCUCUACUCAAGCCAACCAAUACCUCUCUGAGAAGGAGAGAAAACAGUUGGCAAAAGUGACGUGCCACAGACCCAGCACGGCAGAGAGAUUAUAUGUGGCUCUACCAGACAAAGUCACGGGAUAUGAGACAAGGUUGCCGAGACCAAAGGCGUUAAAGAUGACCAUUGUGAACACCUCUGAGGAGGAUGAAAACAACACUGAUAUGUCAUUAGAAGACACACCAAAGGCGAGCACAGAGGAUGAGGAGCCAAUCUUUGAUGACCACGAGUCCGUCUCUUCACUGUCAUCUGAAGAGUUAAGGAUCAUGCGUAAAAGAUGUGGAAGGCCUUUCCAGUCAAGUAGCGGGAUUAGAAUCUCCUCCAGUUGUGAGGUUCCCGCACCAUCACAGGACAGCCUUCCACCAGCUCAACUUCUCAAGUCCAAGAGGCAAUUGGAUUUCUCAAUGGAAGAAGUCUCAAAAAUACUUGUCUGCACACCUUCAAAGUUUUCUUGUGGUGAUGAGAAGUUGCGCCGAACAAUUGCUGAUGAUUGUCUCUUACAAGCAAAUCUUUCCAAUGCCCUGCCUGGGCAAGCACCCCUUGCUAACCCACAGAACCUACCUGCACACCUGACUGAGCAGAGCACCAUGUUCCUUGCAGCACAGACGGCUCUGGAGGAACCAAGUAGCGAGCCUGAGCCCCUCACUGCCAAGACCACAGAUUGUGUGUCAGUGCCCCAAAUUGAGCAGGUCCCAGGGAAUGUGCCAGCACCCCUGAGCCCCGUACAGCAGACUCCCGACUGGCUGCUACAAAUACAAGAGGAGAAGGAUGCACAAACCCCAGUGGGACUGGACCCAGAAUGUGUUCUGAAUCUUAUGUUCCAGGAGACACCAGAGUUGGUGUCUUAAACACCAGAAGACCAGAUGCCACAAACCCAAGCGGAGGAGGUGCAGAAGCCCUAGCCAGGCAGGACCCUGGCAUAUGCUCAAAAACCCAUGAAGCAGGUGACCCAGACCCAGUUGGUGCCACGAACGCCAUCAGAGGAGGUGUUUGGGUUUGUGAAUGUCCCUUUACCCGGGAGACAAAAAUAGUGUCCCUAGGAGGAGAUUAACCCUGGAUGGGUAUUAUAUUAAAAAUAUAAGGUUUAAUUCAUAUGUUCAUCUUUAAAAUGAGAAGGAAUGCUGACGUUCUGAUUUAUUACUUUUGUCUGUAAAUGUAUAAUUUCCUUAUAGUUGUGUCUUAAUGUUGCCAGUCUAUCUAGACACACUUGCAGUCUCACACAGAUGCGCACACACACUCUUUUACUUUUGAUUAUACUUAUUUACCAAAAUUAUUAAAAAUAUCUCAGCAGAAUUGUUCAAAGUAAAUGUUUCUAAGACC